AUGCGCUUGCCCGUCCGCCUCCCGCCGCCAGCGACCGCGGCGGCCGCUACGGCCGCGGCCGUGAUAGCCGCCGUAGCUCUCCGCAGGUACCUGCGUACCCGCUCUUCCAUGGCCACGUCCGCGCACCGGCGCGGGGGCAGCGCCGGUGGAGUCGCCCUCGUGGUCUCCGGCAAGUCCACGGAGGACCAGCGGCUCCUCGCCUCCGCCGCGGGCUCUCUCGCUCUAGGAGAGGGCGAUUCCGUCGAGGAGAUCACCGUGUCGCGCGACUCCGGCGCGGGCGCGGGCGCGGGCGCGGGCUUCGACGCCGCCGCGUACAUGGGCGCGCUCCGGGCGUCCCGCUUCGGGAGGUGGAUGCUCUGGUCGCCGAGCAUGGCCUCCACCCACGACCUCGUCACGCAGAACUUCGCGAAGCUACCGGUGGGCGUCGUCUGCGUCGCUGGCGUGCAGUUCAGAGGGAGAGGCCGUUCAAAGAAUGUGUGGGAAUCACCGGCAGGAUGUCUCAUGUUCUCAUUCACUUCACAGAUGGAGGAUGCACGGAAACUUCCUCUUAUGCAGUAUGUUGUCUGCCUUGCCAUGACAGAAGCCAUCAAAGAACUGUGUUGUUAUAAGGGGCUGCCAGAACUUGAAGUUAAGAUAAAGUGGCCCAAUGACCUCUAUCUGAAAGGGCUAAAAGUUGGUGGAAUCCUUUGUACUUCGUCUUAUCAACCAAAAGUAUACAAUAUUUGCACCGGUAUUGGUUUAAAUGUGGACAAUAAGGAGCCUACGACAUGUUUAAAUGCUGCAUUGAAAGAAAUGAAGGCCAAUUCGCCCACAUUGAAACGUGAAGACAUACUGGCAUCCUUCUUCAAUAAAUUUGAAGUUCUUUUUGAGAUCUUUUCAAAUGAAGGAUUUCAGGCUCUUGAGGAACAGUAUUACAACUCUUGGCUUCAUAGUGGACAGAAGGUUGUUGUGCAGGACGGGCCUGAAGCCCAGCGUGCAGACAGUGUGGUCACUAUUCAGGGGUUGACACCAGCUGGGUACUUGUAUGCUAUUGGCGAGGAUGGCAAAAGCUAUGAGUUGCACCCUGAUGGAAACAGCUUUGAUUUCUUUGCAGGGUUAGUGAGAAGGAAGAUGGAAACAUAGUAUGAAUACAAAGAAAAGUAUAAGCGCAGCAGAACAUAGUGUACAGUAAUUAACAGAAUGUUGUUAAGAGUUUCCAGAAUGGAUUAUGGAUGGAAUGAAAACAUUAUUCAAACUAAAGAAUAACAUGCAUCUCUAUGCUUGUAAACAUGAGGGAUAUUAAACUGCUUCAUGGUUGAGUAUGUAAAUUAACCAAAAAACCGCUACGGCUAACAUGGCACCAUCAAGCAUAAAAUCAACAAGCCUUUCAAUUCCUUUCAAUCCAAGAUGGGAAUGCAUUGACCUGUUAAAUCCUGUAGAGUGCCAAGGACCAGGAGGAGCCAUGCUGUGUAAAAUGUUUAUGCUGCCCUUUGUAAGUUGUAACUUUCUUGAAACAAUGUAGUAACAAGGAGCCUGUGAACUUUUUGUAACCCUCAGUUGUUCGUGGUAAAACUGUCAUAAGAUCGAUGACUGAAGUCUGAAGCCACCGUACCACUAAGCUAAUCUUUUGUGAUGGCUAA